GGGAAAGAGAGGGCAAGAAAGCUAGCCCACCCCCGGCCGCGGUGAGUGGGGACUCUAUGCUGGAGCGAACCACUGCGUGAGGAAGGGGGGAAUCGUGAGGAGGAGGAGGGCUAUAAGGCGCUUGGUCCUGAAGGUUGGGGACCAUGAGACUAGCAGAUACCCUGGAAACAGAGGUUCUUGCAACCUCCCCGCAUGGAUAAAAUUACACCCACUUGAAGUCCUACUUCCAGUGCGGAUCCCAAGAACUAUUUCGUGGGCCAGCUCUGAAGAGUUCAGUAUAAAUGAAAAUGACACCAGUUGCACGACAAGAAGUUCUUGGCCUUUACCGCAGGAUAUUCAGAAUAGCCAAAAAAUGGCAGUCUGCAUCAGGACAGAUGGAAGACACUAUUAAAGAGAAACAGUACAUUAUAAAUGAAGCCAAAACCUUAUUCCAAAAAAACAAAGAUCUAACAGAUCCAGAGCUGAUUAAACAGUGUAUAGAAGAAUGCAAGGCAAGAGUAGAAAUCGGACUUCACUAUCACAUUCCCUACCCAAGACCUAUUCAUCUACCUCCUCUGGGUCUCGCCCCACAACGUGGUCGUGCAUUUCGAAACCAAGAAAAGCUGAGGAAGCUUUCCAAGCCGGCCUACUUGAGAUCCUACGAUGAAGUUUCAUAACACACUGUCAAAGCUUGGUGCAUAUUAUCACGAACUGCAAGGCAGAUGUGUCUCAUGUAUGCAACUGUGAAUGAAACUGUGUGCUUGAUAGUCACUUACACUCUUCCUGACGCUACAAGCCUAGCUGAUUCAGCAUGUACGAUGGAUAGGGAUGUAUGGAAACUGUCUUGUAUUUAAGAUUCAACCACUGACAUCAAUAAAUAACAUCUUUUAAGGAGUGA